AUGGCUCAAGCAACGAGGCUCAACCUCCAAAUGCAAAAGGAACUCAAGCUCCUCCCCACCAACCUGCCUCCUGAGAUUGAAGGUCCUGAAGGGACUAUAUAUGCCAAAGGGAUGUUUCACAUGAAGAUUCAAAUACCAGAAAGGUUUGUUUAUGUUCCUUCCCCACAGAUGAAAGAUGUCCUUGUUGAUGUCCUUCUUGAUUGUUUUUUAAAGUGGAACAUUGAUAGGAAGUUGUCCACAAUAACUGUCGAUAAUUGUAAUACUAAUGAUGCCAUGAUAAGACUUCUCCUGAAUAAGCUUGAUACUAGUUCUCUUAUGUUGGGUGGGUCUAUGUUGCAUAUGAGGUGUGCUGCAUAUAUUUUGAAUUUGAUUGUUCAAGAUGGGUUGUCUCUUAUUGGUGAUGGUAUUGAAGGGAUUUGUGAUAGUGUGAUUUAUUGGACUAGAUCACCAAAAAGGAGGCAAAAAUUUGAAGAAAAUGCACGUCAUUUGCGUGUUCAAUACACCAAAGAGUUAAUCUUAGAUUGUAAAACUCGUUGGAAUUCAACUUACUUAAUGCUUUCUAUUGCAUUGAUUUAUAACGAUGUUUUCCCACGUUUUGCUAAACGUGAAACAUCUUAUACUUGUUUGCCAUAUGAUUAUGAUUGGGAGCUAACCAAAGAUAUUUCUCGGAGGUUGGAGUUGUUUCAUAUUGUGACUGAGUUUUUUUCUGGUCGUAAGUACCCCACAACUAAUAUGCAUUUUACUUUGGUGUGUGAGUUGAAAAUUGCAUUGAAUGAAUGGAGUUUGUCUUCAAAUGAGAUGAUAAGUACGAUGGCAAAAGACAUGCUCGCUAAAUUUAAUUCUUAUUGGGCUAAUGUUAGUGUUGUUAUGGCUGUUGCUGUUAUCUUAGAUCCAAGAUAUAAGAUAAAGUUAUUGGAGUUUUAUUAUCCCAACAUUUAUGGUGAUAAUUCUGAUUCGAAGAUUAAAAAAAUUAAGAAUCUUUGUUAUGAUUUACUUGAUGAGAAUGGAGAUAUAGAUGAGUCCCCUAUAGAUAAUAAAAGAAAUUCUCAUAUUCUUGCAAGUACUUCAAGCCUUGCGGCACAAAUGAAGUUCAGGUUGAGUGGGGCAAUGUCAUCUUUUGAUUUGUUUGUGAAUAAUAGUUCAAGUAGUUCCAAGAAACAUGGGAAUGCUAGAAUGGAAUUUAAUCAUUUCAUUAAUGAGGGAGUGUUGAAGAGGAGUGAAGAUUUUGAUAUUUUGGGAUGGUGGAAAAGUAAUGGUCCCAAGUAUCCUACUUUACAAAGGAUUGCAAGAGAUAUUUUAGCCAUUCCUGUCACAACUGUUGCUUCAGAAUCUGCCUCUAGUACUAAUGGGAGACUUUUAAGUCCACACCGUUCUUCAACUAUGUCUGGAAAUUGUGCACUUCAAACAAUUCUUGAUGAUGGGGAGCCUAAUGAAGAGGAUGGGAGUUGUGUCACAGUUGGGCAGGAUUAG